UAGUAUUCUAAUGUGGACUAUCUAAAGACGUGGAAAAAUAACUUCAUUGAGGCCCGUGAAAAUAGGGCUGGUGCUAGGACCCAGCAGAACUCAGCCACUUUGGUUGGAGAUGAAACAUCUCCUCAUGGGUGUGGUGCAGUUUUAAGCAGGUACAGAAAAGCCAGUUCUUCCACAUGUGCGCUACUCUGAGGCUAUUGCAGUUCUCUCCGAACCAUCUCCAGGAUUUUAGCCGCUUUCACACCUGCUCGCUAACCCGCAGGCAUGUUUCUGGCAAAGGCGAUCCUGGAAGGGGCAGAUCGGGGUCUGGGGGGGGCUCUCGGAGGCCUUCUUGGAGGAGGUGCUCAGGGAAGAGGAGGCGGAGGCAACAUCGGGGGGAUCAUUGGAGGAAUUGUCAAUUUUAUCAGCGAGGCUGCUGCUGCGCAGUAUACCCCCGAGCCGCCUCCCCCGCAGCAGCGGCAUUUUACCACUGUGGAGGCCUCGGAAAGUGAGGAAGUCAGGCGGUUUCGGCAGCAGUUUGCACAGCUGGCUGGACCCGACAUGGAGGUGGGUGCCAAGGACCUGAUGAAUAUUCUCAACAAAGUCCUUUCCAAGCACAAGGAUCUGAAGACCGAUGGCUUCAGCCUUGACACCUGCAGGAGCAUUGUGUCGGUCAUGGACAGUGACACCACGGGGAAGCUGGGCUUUGAGGAGUUUAAGUACCUGUGGAACAACAUCAAGAAAUGGCAGUGUGUUUUUAAGCAGUAUGACAGCGGCCAUUCUGGCUCUCUCCGAAGCUCCCAGCUGCGCAGUGCUGUGCAGGCUGCAGGCUUCCAGCUAAAUGAGCAGCUCUACCUAAUGAUUGUCCGUCGGUAUGCUGAUGAGGAUGGCAGUAUGGAUUUCAACAACUUCAUCUGCUGCCUGGUCCGUCUGGAUGCCAUGUUUCGCGCUUUCAAGUCUCUGGAUCGCGAUGCGGACGGCCUGAUUCAGGUGUCCAUCCGAGAAUGGCUGCAGCUGACCAUGUAUUCCUGAAGUGGAUAGAGAGAGACAGAGACCCUCCGUGGAGGACAGGACUGCAGAAAGCCUUGCUGUGUGAGCCAAAGCUCAUAUUGCACCCAACAGCUACCAUUUCUGGGGGUUGGGGAGGGGAGGCGCUCUUUUAUAAUGCUGCAUAUUCCUGAUCGUCUACACUAUAGUGCUUAAUUAAAACUAAUUUUGGACAAAAAGUGUUCUGAGUGGUUUGUAUAUUGGGUUUUUUUUUUUGAGAGGUGAUAUGUAGAGACAUGUACAUGUGAUGAGGAGGUACUGUUGACUUAUUGGUUAUUACUUAUUGGUGAAUGGAUUAACAUUGUUUAUGAUCAUGGACUAAAUCAAGAAAGCAUCAGGAGGUAGGAUUUUUUUUCCCCCUUUGAAAAGCUGAGAGGGAAAGAUUAAAGACUGUCCUACGCAUAAUUUCACAUCUGGUCUUUAUAUUAUAAAGAAGUGUACUUUCCAGAGAACUUACUUUAUUGUAUAGCGAUAGGUUCAAAAAUGUAAGAUUAAGCAAUUUUAUUCAGGGGUAUCAUUUUAUAAAAGAUAUUGAGCACCUACCUAGAAGUCUAGAGUCCUUUGGCUGUUUUCUAGUAAGACCAACAGAGCAGCUUUCUGUUAGUGUUUGUAAAGAGUCGAGGGUCUUGAGGAGUAAAAAGGUAUUCCGGUUGCUCAAAACGUCUUUAGCCAUCUUAAUGAAUCAAAAUGAUCACCCUUAUGUUUACUUCAUACAAAAUCAGGCGCACCCAGGUGAUGGUAGCCAGCUCUUGUCCCGUCUUGCCCUACCUUAGAGCAAGGAAAAUUCUUUCGCUUAUCUUUGGAAACGACAGGCAGGGAGAAAAAAAAAAAAAGGAAUAGGAAAAACACAUAAUUAGCAGUCAGUGAAGUGGAAUGUGGAGCAGCGUAGACAGCAAAUGUUGCCGACUUUUAUUGCGGUGGUUGGAGGUCCUGGCUGCAGUUUAGCCUUGCAGGGGGAGUCCUUUAGCAACGAGUGACUGACUCCUCCUCCAGAUGAAGUGAGUCUCUUCUAAACCCUCUUCUUUAAGCUCCUCAGGUCAUGCUAAUGCCAGGCUGACAGUCCUAAGCGCUUUAGAUCAUGCCUGUCUCCCCGUGUUUUUCAAAUCUGUCUCAGCCAGAACUGCCAAGCAGGUGAGUCAGUGCCACCUCCAUUCAAGAAAAAGAAGACAGGAAUAGUGAGAACCUGCCACCCUACUGCUGAGUUAACCAGCCUUUCUGGUGUAUAACUCUUAACCUGGCUUUAUUGUUUUGGUACGAGCUGUUUGUUACAACUAAGCCAGCCAAACCCAGGACCCUCGCGAGGCUUGGUUGCAAGUCUUUGUUCACCCACACCCCAGUCUUCAGUGUUUUCCACUCUCUGCUGGGUUUGGUGCAUUCUUUCCAUCCUGGGCUGCUUUGGAGAGUCCUUCUGAGAUCAAAACUAAUUUAGAAGAAAGUUGUAACUAUGGAAACGGUGUUGCUGGCCCCUUAGGAGGUCUGGAGCUCCCUUCAGAAAGCCCCAGUGAUGUUGGGAGAGGUUGGCAUUGAGCCUCUGUGUGCACCAUCACCACCAUCAUAUAGUAUUUAGGAACUACCACACACAUAAUUCUGAGCCAAGCACAGAGAUCACAUCUACUUUCUUAAAGGAACUUGUAAUUUAACUUGGUCUGAUAGUCUGCUUAGACCAGCUGUGGGUAUAUAAGCACGAGGCUGCUGCCAGCAACCACAUACUCAUACCAGCCUCACUAUUGUAGAAUAAAUCCAGGAAUACAUCAGACACGGGAGCAGGAGAGUAGCCAGGAAAGAGAAAACUGCCAAGAUGUCUAUCGGGACUCUCAGAAUAUGUUUCUAAUUUGAUUUCCACAUUGUGGUUGUGGAAAGGACAAUGAAGAGCUUGUAUUUUUCCCUCCAAAUUUCAUCAUAAAUGUUUUAUGCAAGUUAAGGCUGUCAUCGCUACUAGAAGUGGCAUUAAGUAUUUCCCUCAUUCCUCCAGCUAAGAGAAUACCUAUUUCAUGAUUCUCCUCCAACGUGUGCAUGAAAAACAUCCAGAAGCCACCUAAGUUUCUCUUCUGUUGUUUUCUACAUUCAUAUAAAAUUUAUCUAAAUUACCUCAGUCACCAUUGUAGAUACUAGAAGAUUUAGUCCAAACUCAAGAUUGUCCUAAGUAGGAAAGUCUUAGGCUAUUGUAUAGGACAACAGUUCAAACAGUGACUGAGUUUCUAAGUUUUCAUUCAAUAUUUAUUAUUUAAAACUUCAUUUUCAAGGUUAGAGAACAUAUUAGUUUGCAACUUCAAAAAAUGUACUGUGUUCCUGGGCAUGGAGUCACAUGUCUAUGAUCAUCACACUUGGGACAAAGGCCUGGGGGUCAGGAGUUCAAGUCAAGCCUUGACUAUGUAGUUAGUGAGCUUGAGACCAGCCUUGGUUACAUAAGACCCUCUCUCAAUCUCUAUAGCCCCCAUGCAAAAAUUAUCCAUUUCUAUAUGGAAAAGUACUUAUAGCCUAUGACGAAGGCUUUUGAUUCAUCCACUCUACUGUCAGUGAAUGUCUAACAUUAAAGAAUACAGUCCAGGCGGUAAACUGAGAAUGAGAAAGAGAAGAAUAUAUGAAAUAGUGCUAUCUGUAGAUUUACAUUUCAAAAAACUGCAUAUAACUUUGAAAAUACCUUUAUCUUAAUUGUAUCCACUAAGUUCUAUAACCUAUAAAAGCACAGAAAGGAAACAUGUACUGUUUAUCUGAAAGCAAGAAACUUCUAGAAAACAUCCACAAUGUGUAUGUCAUCUUGAAGGUCACUUUAGGAAUAUGUUUUAGUUUUAAAGCUUUAUCUUCAGAGCAACCCUGUUCCUGAAUGUGAAUUGAUCUUGAAGAAUGUCAGAAUUACCAUUUGAAAGUGCUCACAAAAUGCUAAGUAUAUUAAAAUAGUUUAAUUACAGUAAAAAUUGGUAGUAUUCUAAUAUAUGUGGUAGAAAUAUACUCUCAGUUGGAAUACCCACAUAAUUGGGAUACCUUUCCUUGCCUGUUUUGAUUACUGAGACAAACAAUAAUAGUGUUCCUCAGGGUACAAUGUGUCUUCACAGAUGGAGACUUAUAUUUUAUGGCAAUGUUUUGAAUGUUACUCUGAGAAUAUUGGUUAUCUCUCAUUCCCAAAGAUGAUAUCAAUUAUAACACAACAAAAAGAAAAAGAAAAAUCAUCCUUGGGAACUAACCCUUGUAAAAUGUAUUCAAAAUCGUAUCCUUAAAUCUUAUAAAAUCUUGUAGAAGACUCAAAACCUUAUAAAAUAUCUGAUUCUGAUUGACAAAAUACAUUAAGUUCUGAAACAGCCUCAAAGAACUGAUGCCUGAGAAUCAGGCCAUUUAUUUUUCCUGAGAUUUUUUGAAAUUUAUUUUUAUGUGUAUGGAUGUUCUGCUGUAUGACUAUGCACCAUUUGUGUGCAGUACCUGCAGAGGCCAGAAGAGGGCAUCAGAUCCCCUUAGACCGGAGUUAUGGAUGGUUGUUAGCUGCCACAUGGGUGCUGGAAAUUGAAACUGGGUCCUCUGGAAGAGCAGCCAGUGCUCUUAACUACAGAGUAGUCUCUCUAGGCCCACUCCUGAGAUUUUAAACAGCUAAUACAAGGACAAGUCACCUAGGUUUCCCAUUGCUCCUAGAAGCCAAGGCAGGAGGUGAAAGGUGCUGGUUGCAGGACUCACUAUACGUCCUUCCACACUUUUUUCUGACCCUGCUGACCUCCAGGAAAGGGAUGAAGUCCACAGCUGGAGCUCACUGAAGCUUGGCCAUGCUUCUUUUUGCAGUGACUUGGUGUAACUCCUCAGUGCCAACUCUGGACUAUUCCUCAGCUCUGCCUUGGCAAAGGAUGUGGAGAAAUGACUAGGACUUUCCAUUGAAAGGUUUAUUUCUUCAUUUAAAUGUAGCUAUGAAAAAAAUUUAAGACCAGGUGCUAUUAUUAAGUUUAUAAUUCUUCCUAGGGAAGUUUUAAGGAAACUACCAUAGAUUUAUGGAACAAUAUUUUUAAAAUCACAGAACUGAUUCAAAAAUAUGAAAAUUAAAAAGAAUGUAUGUUGUUAUAUAACUCUUUGUACAUUUAAAAAUAUACUUCAUCAAACUGUUAGAUGUGAAUGAUUGAUAGUCAAACUACUUAAAUUUAAUUGCAGUUAUAGAAAUGGUGAGUUUUAUUAACUUGAAAUGAAAUGCAUGUCUUGGUUUCAUUAGUGGUUUCUACAGUUUCUUCCAGUUCUAAAUUUUAUUAUACUGAUUUAGAAGCCUCAGUAGUAUGUUAUUAAUCCAAUAAAGUAAUCUCUGCAAGUAAUUUCUAUAUUGAUUUUUCCUCCUUUACAUUACUAGAAAGAAAAAUUACAUAGUCUUUCUCAUGUGAGUCAAGGGUCUGCCAUUAUGUAAUCAUAUCAAUAAAAAACAUGUCCAUUGAAGAACGCUUAGCCAUCAUAUACUAAUGUAAAUUUGGGCACUAACACUUUGCCCUGUUUCUCGUGGUAAUAGGAAGGGUCUGUUGCAUUUUCAUUUCUGCAAAAAGAGUUGGGGUGCUUGACUUGUGUUCCACACAGGGUUGAUGGUGUAGUGAGGACUGCUCAUUCACGACUCCUGUAUUGCUCAGGGAAAGUCAACUGCAUAGGAAGCUUACCAAUGUAAAGCAAAUUUGCUAUAAUUCAGUAAGCUUAUCGGUAUCUAAGGCUCAUGAAAAACCACUGUGUUCAGUAUGUAAAGAAUUAAAUUGUGAUGGUACAGGAAGCAUAUUGUGCUCCUUCAGAUGCUUCCAUGGUGGUGACAUACAGAUGUUCACUGUGGCAGUGACUACCUACCUGGUGUAUGUGAUUUCAGUCAGACACUUCAAGUAGGUGCAUCCAGCUGGAUAUAACUUUUACAGCAGUAAAGUUGAUUUUUAAAAAAUAGUUAUCCUCGAGAUGCUUUCUAGGCAAAUAGAGAAGUUGAAUGACUUUAGGUUUUGUCUUAGAAUAAACCCUAAUACUUGGGGGAAAUCUUAAAAUCUCUGUUUCUGCUUUUCUGGUGGAAACAUGAAAUUAAAUUAUUCCUUUUAAUUUCCGCCCUGCAGUAUGAUAAAGUAAUAUGAAGAAAGUGAUUUGACUUUUUGAGGUUUGGCUAUUGAGAGGCUGGUGAAAACCUCCCUAGAAAAUGUGCUUACAGAGAGCCACCCUCCAGGUCAGAGGCUUUUGUGGACACCCCCUUUCUCAAGUGCACCUGCUGGUUGUGUGAAGGUGAUGAUCCGUGCAUGAUGAUGCCACGUGUCCUUUGUGAACCUGUGAGAUGAAGUAUUGCCCCGGUCUUAUCCCUGGUGCACGGUUUGUCAGGAGUUUCCUCCCUUGAGCGUUGUGUUGCCGAAACGACUCUCCCAUCUGGGGUUCUCUCAUAGUCCUGGUCACCUCCCCCUCCUCCGUCUUCCUGUUUCACUCUCCAUCUCAUUUCCCCGUUUCCUCUUGUGUCUGUUCUCUGUUUCUUGUCCCUUGUGUUCUGACCUACCUCCUCUCUUCCUUUUUCUUCUCUAUUCGAGACAGGGUUUCAUCUUGUAGCCCUGGAUGUUCUAGAACUCACUCUGUAGAACACGCUGGCCUCAAACUCAGAGAUCCACCUGCCUCUGCCUCCUUAGUGCUGGGAUUAAAGGUGGGCACCACCAAGCCUCGUUCUUUUUUUCCUCUUUAUCGUAAACUCUCAUUCUCUUGGUAGUUAAGUUAUGUGCCAGCCUGCGUGGGAUCACUCAUCCUUUGUUCUCUGUUGUCCUGACACCCCUCCUGAACUGUAUCAUGCUUGUUGUGUUUGGUUUUCACUGACGCCAAAGUACAGGCACUUCUGGGACCACAGAUCCCCAAGGGGUUGUUGGGUCUGCCACAUCAGCUCCAAAUUAAGCCCAAAAACUAAAGAAUGCAGCUUGAUUAAUGCCUCAGUCUCUCUUUUUUCCUUCACUGGUGCUGGCCAUCUUGGCAGGACCAUUUUCACUGUGGACCCAAAGCUUCAUUUCCACUAAGGAUUAGAAUCCUAGUCCCUGUCUCCCUGAAGGGUCCUCAUCAAAGAAAGCAAUUCCAAACUUAGGCACCACAGUGAGUGUCGGUGGGUCGCGUUCCAUGGCCUCGGGGGUAAGCAUUUAUAGUUAUUAUUGGAUAUAGCAUGCUCUGCCUCCUGAACUGGCAAUGGGUAGCCCUCCCCUUGCUGUCGUUCUCGUCGGGAAGCUUCUCUCCACAGUGUCCCCGUGUGUGAUUCUGCAGUGCGACUCGGCGGGCUUGUGCUUCACCUGGUGUGACUAACGUUAAUCCAAUAACUGCCUUCCUAACUGAUGGCUGU